AUGGCCCCUCAGGAUACUGGGCGCUUCCGGACGCCGGGGAGUGCCCUCGGGACGCCGGUUGGGCCGUUGGGGACCUCGGAUGGUCUUCCUCCCUCGACUGCCGGGCCCGCUCCCCUCAAACCGAGGGUGCGGCCUUCAUUCUCCCCGGGUCCCUUUCGGCCCUUCUGGGUCUCCGGCGACCGGCUCCGGUCCCCGCUCACCCUUCGAAGGCGUCUUCCUCACGCUGAGCACCCAGGGAGGGGGCUCCGUUUAUGCCGCCUCCUUCCGUGGGGCCUCACAACCGGGCCCUCUUUCGGAGUCAGGUCGACUGGGUCCCCCACCCCCUCUCUCCUCAACGCUCCCUAA